CCUUCAAGAGAAUGAACAGUGAGAUGAGAGACAAGCUAUUGGAGGUCCCCGUCCCCCCAGAACAGAGGCGUGCUGCGUCUGCUGAUCGUAGGGAAUCCAAUGCGGCGAAGCGAACACUUUCGCCACCCCCAGUCUACGCGCCCUCAAUAUCAGCCCCAGACGUCCUCAGUCCGCAUGCCAGCGAAACCCAACACCAGUCUCCGCCAACAAUAGGUGGGGAACUAGGCUCGAACAUCCCCCCCGGAUCACGGCAGGUCGACUUUGCUAUGGAUGAGAAAAUCGAUUACUCUGAACCGCCCUCACUCUCAGUAGCUGGUGACUCAUUCUUCGAACGUGACUCCAGACGAUCCAGCUCAGCCAUCGACGAUCAGCAGCUGGAGGACGAGCUGGAGGCAAAAUGGAUACUGAAUCUUAGCAUGCACUUCAGGGAUAUGUCAGACAGGGAGAAAUUUUUCAUUACAUACGCCGAAGAACCAAACAAAUGGAGGAGAGUGACAGUAUCAUGCGACUACCGUCAGCUUGAGCCCGAAUCCCUAGAGCAUGAUCUCAAGAGCCUUCAUUAUCAACGCGAUAAGAGCGCAAGGAUCUACGAAGCUAUUCGCGACUCGCUUCUGGACAUACAGUUUUACGAUACAGUGACCAAUCUAAAGCUCCAGACAUCUGACGGCCGUCUGCAUGUUCACGUCACCGAAGAUGUAAACGAGAUCAUUCCUUAUCCGUCCCUCUCAGCAGUGGAACAUCUUCCUUGUAAAAAGUUCCGUGAAUCAUCUAUCGACUUUGACUCGCACAUCUCUGGAUUUGUUUACAAGGUUUCUGUGGGUGGCAAAAUCUACAUCAAGAAGGAGAUUCCAGGUCCGGAUGCCGUGGAAGAAUUCCUGUACGAGAUCAAUGCGCUGUGUGCCCUCCAAGAUUCUCGAUCGGUUGUCAAGUUUGAGGGCAUCAUCAUGGAUGAAAAUAACGAAUUGAUCAAAGGUCUUCUUAUAAGUUAUGCUGAUCAAGGGGCGCUUGUGGAUCUUAUCUAUGAUUACAAGGGCUCCGACCAGAUGGAGUGGGAGCGCAGGGAGCGAUGGGCCCGCCAGAUUGUCGAGGGCUUGUCGGAGAUUCACGAAGCAGGUUUUGUUCAAGGCGACUUUACACUCUCAAAUAUCGUCAUCGAUCAUGACGACAAUGCUAAGAUCAUUGACAUAAACCGCCGCGGUUGCCCGGUUGGAUGGGAGCCUCCGGAGCUUGCUCGUCUCAUUGAAAGCGGUCAACGAAUAUCAAUAUAUAUUGGGGUCAAGUCAGACCUCUUUCAGCUUGGGAUGGUCCUUUGGGCUCUGGCAGAACAGCAUGACGAACCGGAACGUCAGGAGCGACCGCUUUCACGCUCUUGGAGCCGACACAAUGCGGUCCCUGGGUAUUUCAAAGAUCUUGUCCGAGAUUGCUUAAGUGAUGCGCCCAAAAAUCGCCCUUCAGCCAGAGACCUGUUGCGAAGAUUUCCCGAUGAGGCCAGCUAUCAUCUCGGAUCCCACGAUGCGGUUCAAGACGGAAUCAGACCAGCCAUGCCUUCUCAAAGGCGGAACAAGGAGUAUAUUAAUCCCACUAUGGCUGUCGAUCUGGAUGACAUCUCCCAGAGUAAUCGUCACACCCGCCCAGGAUCGUCUUACUCAAAUAUCAAUGUUCCCUCGACGGAAUUCCCAGGAUCAUCUCGGUCUUAUAUUCUACCCCACGUUUCCGAAGGACGGCCAAGGUCACCUGAUGCCACCCGAAGCAGAAGCUCGAAUGGGCGAUCCGGAUUCUCUUCAUAUCCUGGGCCCCGCUCAGUCAUGUCUCUGGAUGAUUCUGAACUUGACACCGAGCUCCCUAGCUUGCCUGCAAGUAGAGACACGCGGUGGGAGCAAAUCUACGUGGACGGAGACACAAAGCUUGUACAAAGAGGCGGGGGUGCUGGUGAACUAGACGUACAAGAUUUUGCAACCCCAGAAACCAAAGACAUCUGUAUCACCACUCCACCCGGUGAACUUGAAAAUUCUUUUGUAGGGAGCAAGACCUCCGACGAAACUUCGCUUUCGCUGUCCACUGUGGCUGAAUUACAGCCUAUCCCUUCAUCGACACUCAAUAAAUUGGAUAUCGGCACCAAUGUAUCCACCACGAAGAGCAUUGGGAACAGAGCUUCCUUCACUGACCGUGUCCACCAAUUAGUGGAUACUUCUGCAGGACAAAACGACAUGAUUACAGAUACUCAACGCAACUCACACGUGGUCGACUCAAAUACGCUUGUCGACCUUGAACGAGAAAUCGCACUGGAUUCGUCAAUAAUAUCCACUGCGCCACCUUCACGCGUGGGUACAGGGUUUUCAGAAGUCUGGCAUCGACCUCCUCUGCACCAAGACUCUGGUUUCAGCGAGUCGGAGAUGGACGCGAUCAACAGUGGAGGCCAGAGAUUAAGCCAGUGUCUUGACGAAAGCCUCAACGACAUAAAAGAAGAAGAUGAUCGAGUCAAUGAGCGAAUGUGGGAUGGAGGAGCAAGCGCUGCAAUCGGCAGUGGAGUGACAGGUGCCGACCUUGUUAUCCAGCCAGAUGCUGCUAUUCCAAUCUUCUCAGCGCCUACACUGGCUUCAGAACCGACGUUGCCAUCAGCGACAAUACUGGGAGACGAGAAGGUUCUUGAUCAACCUCUAGAGGAGAAGAUUUCCAACACUACGAUACGACCCCCAAGCAUCUUGAUUCCUAAAUUUCAUCACACGAUACCCAAAGCGAUAGAUUCGGAGACGAAAUCGUCUAUCGUUUCCCCCCCUACGGGGCCUUCCACAAUUCCUGCACCCCCUCAGGACUCACAAUCCCCUAAACUGCCGACACACUCUUCGUCUGACACAUCUCGUGAUACCGAUGAAAAGCGGACGCCUCAUCGUGCACCGAUCAAAACUUGAGAAGGCGCGUUCUACAUUAUCAUCUAAUCACAUGACGAUCAGCAUGCGAUACGCAUUGCCAUGGCCCCAUAGCGGCAAACGACUUUCAAACAGUCCAAACAGUUUACAAUGUUUAACUCCCCAGCCUCUUUUGCUUCCCUCUUCUCGUUUUUCGAUAUCCUCGUCUCCUAUGUCUAGCUCAAUUCCAAUUGCCUUCUCUCUUUUUCCGAUUCCCGUGUCUUUUGUGUGAGUGCCGUUUGUGUGGUCAUCAUGGUUGGAUUUCAAAGGGCUUGGACAGCGACGGUGGAUCUACUUCCUGUACGAUUUUUGAUUUCAGGGUCAUGGUUUCUGGGACACUGGUUUGGUUGGAAAGGGUUACAUUUGGUCGGGUCAUCCCGUAAAUGAAUGCAUGUUUGCACAUUCGCCGUACUGCAUACGUGGGAGAUCCAUCGGGAGGAACAUUGAACAUUUCUCCAUGGGAGUUUAGCAUUUUUCUUGCAAAGGAUUUUUUUCAUUUCUCUCGGAUGACAUUCGGUGGAUACUCCUUAUACGUGCAUCGUCCACUUCGCUUUCUUCCUCGUGUUCCAAGUUUUUCCUUUUGUCUUCGUAACGCCGAAUAAAACCCAUGCCAACUAGGUGCUUUUGUGGGAAUAUGUGCCUUGUAGGGAAUGAAGAGGAGUGAGUAUAUAUGUCGUAUCCAAGUUUCACAUAGACACAGUCAAUGCAUGAGAGUGUAUGACUGUCAAACAAGUAGUGUUUGUUCGUGGGCUGAUAAUGGGCUGGGGGACAGCUAGGUAAGUUUUGGAAAUCAUAUGUAUG